GAGGCCUCAGGUGAUGGGUGUGAUCCUGAUGGUGGCCUCCUGCCUCAUCGUCUCCACCAAUCUGCUGGUGGCGGCCGCUUUGCUCAAACUGCUGCUGAAGAAGAGCAGCCAGAGCUGGUGCUUCGUCCUCAACCUGGCGCUGGCCGACACCCUGGUGGGCCUGGCCAUCACCGGCCUGGCCACCGAGGACUUCACCAGCAACGCCUCCCACUACCACCGCGGCUCCGUGGGUCCCUUGGGUCCCGUGGGGUCCGGGGACCUCCUGGCCAAUGCCACGCCGGCCGCUCAGGGGAAGACCAAGUGUUUGAUCCGCAUGGCCUUUGUGGCAUCGCCCUGCACAGCCUCCAUCCUGUCCAUGUUCCUGAUCUCGCUGGACCGCUACGCCGCCAUCAAGAUGCCGCUGCGCUACUCUCUGCUGUCUGGGAGGGGAACUGCAGCCGGCUUCCUGCUGGCGCUGUGGAGCACCGCCGUCAUCGUGGGAUUUUCACCAGUCAUGAUCCAGCCGCUGCAGGCCGAUGAAAUCUACGACGGAUUCUGCGCCUUCUUCUCCGUCAUCGACAAAGUGGGCAUCAUCGUGUUGUUCAGCUCCUGCUUCUUCCCCGUGCUCUGCCUGUUUAUCUACAUCUACCUGGACAUCCUGAAGAUCGCCUGCAGCCACGAGAAGCAGAUCUGCAGAGUCCGGCAGGCCAGCUCCAGGAUGGAAGACCUCCACCAGCAGCAGCAUCUACGGAGCUACUACUGGAGCCACGUCAAGGCCCUGAGGACGGUGGCGCUGCUGGUGGGCUGCUUCUUCUUCCUCUGGUGUCCCUUCUUCGUGGUUUGCAUCGUGCACGUCGUGUGCACGAGCUGCGAGCUGAAGACGCUGCUGGAGAACCACUUGUGGCUGCUGGGUCUGUCCAACUCCCUGAUCAACCCGCUGGUCUACGCCUGCUUGCAGCAGGAGGUUCGUCUGCAGCUGGUCUCCAUGUUCUCCUGCAUUAAGAGCAAGUUGGUGACUUCAGGACCUCCCGGAGUUGCAGGAAGAUGCGACCUGCAGCCUCCGGUGCAGACUCAGUCCUGCGUUUCUGCAGGAGAUACCCACAAUCCUUCACUGCUGACGGCCUGCUCUGAGGUCCACGCCGUGCCGUUCCCCGCUACGACCGGCUUGUGA